AAAAUUGUCAUUUUUAUAAUUCAAUUGGAGACCGGAGCUACACAAGUUAUUAUUCAUCCUCCAAAAGGUAAUUUAAAGUGAGAAUACGCGGGAAAUUUAAAUUAAAUGUGUAUUAGUCUGCAGUGGAGCACGUUAUCUAUCUGUUAUCUAUAAAGCGAGAAAUAUAAGAGAGAGAUAUUUUGUGUAAAAUUUUUUUCAUAUAAAAAAGCAUCGUAAAAUGAGCAUGACACCAUUUAUAAAGUUUACAAUUAUUGUUAUGGUCUGUUUUUGCAUAUUUGUUAAAGGGCAAGAUAAAUGUGGCGAAAGUAAAGCAGAAUGUGAGGCACAAACAGACUGUUCGAAUUGCAUUCGGGAGCAUCCUUGUUGUGUCUUUUGCUACGAAAAGGAUUUCCAAGGCCCUCGAUGUUUCAAAAGAAGCAAUUCAACAACUUGCAACCCAAAAUAUCUAAUAAAUAACUCCGACAUUAAAAUCGAAAGCAACAAAGUUGAAUUUCGGAGCGUUUCAAACAACGAUGUUGACACAGCCGUUCAACUAAUCCCCACGAACUUCAAUGCCACUUUGCGAGUCGGAAAACCAGUCAAUUUAACCCUUCGUUAUAAACCAGCCGAAAACUACCCUCUCGAUCUGUACUACUUGAUGGACCUCACGAUAAGUAUGGCAGGGACUUUAAACAUUGUCAAAACCUUAGGUAGCAACUUGACAACAUUGUUAGAAACUUUGACUAAAAAUCACCAAAUUGCCUUCGGCUCAUAUAUCGACAAGCCGGAAAUGCCCUUCUAUAUGACAUCUCCUGAAGAUUACAAAAAUCCCUGCAAAAUCGAUUUUGAAAUAUGUGAACAAGGAUACCUCUUCAAACACAAAUUAAACUUCACUGAUAACAUUGAAGAAUUUAUCAAUGUGGUGAGCAGUAGUAGUCUUUCGGCCAAUAAUGACCACUAUGAGGGCGGUAUGGACGCCCUAAUGCAAAUUCUAGUGUGCGGCGAGAAAUUUCAUUGGAUGGAAAAAUCCCGAAAGUUGGUCGUGGUUGCCACUGAUGGGCUUAUGCACCUCGCAGGGGAUGGUCUUCUUGUAGGACACGUGAAAAAAAUCAACACUGAAACGUGUCUAAUCAACUCUGAAGGCAAUUACAACUCGAAAAUCCGCUACGAUUACCCUUCCUUGGAAGAGAUUUACCACAAGUUGAAAGCUGAGAAAACCAACGUCAUCAUAGCGGCUGCGACCCCAGAUGCCUACCAUUACUACCAACAAAUGUCCCAAAUGCUCAAUAGUACGUUUUUCGUUGGGCAAUUGGAAAAUGACUCGACUAAUGUCUUAAAUGUGGUGAAAGACGGUUACUAUGCUUUUGCCCGACUUGUUAAUUUGUUUGUUAAUACUUCUGAAAGUGAAGAACUUCAAGUUGAUUUUUUUGCCGAUUGUGAAAAUGAUGGGAAUUGGGUGAAGAGUUCGAUGUGUUCAAAUGCAAGGAUUGGGAAGGAGAUGAGUUUCAAGUUGCAACUUAUACUGAAGGAGUGUCCUCGUGAUAAUAAUCCGAGAACCAUUUACGUGGAAGAAAACAACAUUUAUGAGAAAAUUGCUAUUAACGUGAAUUUUGUGGGAUGUAUGUGUGAUUGUCCAGAUGCCACAAACACUGGAAUUAACUGCAAACAUGGAUUUUGGGAUUGUAAUAAAUGCUCUUGUGACGAUGGCUGGACCGGACCGUCUUGCUCCGACCGUUGCGAAAACGACCACCAGGAUUGCCGUUUGGGCCCCAACGGUAAAAUUACCAUUACUUGUUCCGGACUGGGCGACUGUAUUUGCAAAAAAUGCAAGUGUUACGUCCCCUACACCGGUUCAAUAUGCCAAUACAAAUGCCCCAUUGACAAAAACCGCCAAAUUUGUAGUGGGCAUGGCGAAUGUGUGAAUAACGGGACAUGCGAGUGCGAUAAUCAAUACAGCGGUCACGAUUGCAGUUGUUUCGAAUCAAAAGAAGGUUGCACCUACUCUGAUACAAUCUGCAGCGAUAAUGGGGAUUGCAAAUGCAACAGUUGCAACUGCGAGAAGGACUAUUCGGGGCGUUUUUGCCAGAUUUGUGACAAGUGUAGCCAACUGUGCGAUGACUACAACUCAAUUGUUGAGUCACGUGAGAGAAAUGUCACUAAAAAUGGUAAAAUUAUUGUGGUUGAGUCAGUUGGGGAUAUUCCAGAAGAGGAACGCAACUGUUUUACGAGAUUUAGGACGAGUAAUGGCGAAAUUUGUGAAAUUAAUUACAAAAUACAAAAUAUAAAGGGUGAUUUUGUGAGGAUUAGGGAAAUGACACCAAAGUGUUACAAACCAAUGGCGGCUGGUGUCUAUGCUGCACUUAUCAUAGGGCCCCUUUUGUUACUAGGGUUCCUUGUUAUUUUGAUUUGGAAGACUAAAAAUGUAAUACAGGACAAGAGAGAGUUUGCCCAAUUUAUCGAAAACCAGAAGAGGAAUCGCACCAAUGAGAAUCCUCUGUACAAAUCUCCUCUUGUCACGUAUAACAAUCCAAUGCAAAGAGUAGAGUUUCAUGGAAAAAGUGAGUAAGUGGGGUUUUUUGUACACCGUUGGACAUGGAAUUUUCAACGAUUUGUUCUUCGAUUUGACUACGGAGAACUACAAACUAGGAGACGAAACGAGAUACAAAAUUGCUCGAUUUUUUGGACCGAGAAAAAGUAGCAGAGUAAAAUUUGCAUCGUUAAUAAGCUGUGAAAAACGAACCAUGAGAAAUAUGGGAAAAAAAAAUUUACAUGUUUUUCAAAAUGCUGCGAAUACGGUUAAAGAUACAAGAAAAAUGUAAGAAAGAAAGUUGUAGAGAAUGAAAUUUUCUAGUAAAAAGUCCGCGAGACCAUUCCUCUAUUUUUAAAGGUUUAGGCCUCAAAGACGUUCAAAGCCGCUCAAGCCACAUUUUUAUUGAUUCAGUGCCAGAGGAACACUUUAAAGCAAUUUAAACCUGAACCGUUGAAGAUAGAAAUAUAGUGUCGGGGACUUUUUUGUAGCAAAUUUCAUUCUCUACAAUUUUGUUUCUUA